AAAAAUAAAACGUAAUAGUUUUUUAACUUUUAAAAUAAAAUAAAAGAAAAUUUUACAGAAAUUAAAACUUUCAAAAUGAAAUUUUGUGUAAAUUUAUUUGUCUUAAGCCUAACUCUGGCUGUGGCCCUGGCUGAUGUGCGUUAUCGUGGCAAUGCCGUACACAAAGAUUUUCCCAAUCAGUGCUAUUAUGAAGAGCUACAACAGGCCAUACCCAUCAAUCAAUCGUUUACACCCCUAAAUCGGGAAGGUCAUUGUGAGCGUAUUUAUUGCCGUUCGGAUUAUGUUUUAGUUAUGGAAUUCUGUGGCCGCCAUAAUAUACAACCCAAUGCCACCUGCAGCAUUGAAUCGGACAUGCGUCAGCCCUAUCCCUCUUGCUGCCCGCAGCUUGUGUGUCAAAAUGAUAAUAAUUUUAUAUAAAAACAUAAAUAUUUAGAAACUCCACCAAAGAUUCCAGCAAUUGUUAAAUAAGUAUUAAGAAAAAAUGUGUUAAAUUUUGUAAAAAUUGAUUAAAAAAUCACUUGUUAAUUUUUAAUAAAA